ACAUUCGCCAUUUAAAUAACCAGCUGUCGACCGCGGAAGAAUGUUUUACCACAGUACACAGCGGCUUUAUCAGCUGAAGAUGGCGGACGGGGAGAAUAUCCUUGUUGGAGCCAGUUCCAGCACUUCAAAUAAUGAAGAACCAGAUUCAAAAAAGGCCAAAAUGAGCAUGGCCAUAGAAUGUGGACUCAAAAUUGUUCAGACUGAGCAAGUUACGUAUGGGCCAGAGGCUGGUGAGAGUUUGGCGGCGGCGAUUUCUGCGCAGCCAGAGGAGAAGGAGAUUGAGCCGGUGAUGUCGGUACGACAGGCCUCAGCAGCAGCACCAGGCGGAGACAAUGGGCUGCUGGUUUUCGAGCCUCAGGAAAGUGUAGUGAAUCUAGACAAGGCGUCUGGACUCACGGCGGAGCCUGCAGACGGUGUCAAUGAGGAUGAUGACAGAUCCUCACAUGCAAGUUCCAGUGACUGGACACCUCAACCACAGAUAGGUUCCUACAGUUUUAUCCAGCAACACAUCAUGAGAGAGACCGAUCCAAGAACAAUAUUGAAAGACUUGCUUCCUCCAGAGACUGUGCUUCCACCGGACCUGGAUGACAUGACGCUGUGGCAGAUCAUCAUCAACAUUUCGGAGCCUCCUAAAAGAAAGAAGCGCAAAGACAUAAACACCCUGGAGGACGUGGUUCGGAUACUCCAUGAAAGCAAAAAGAUCCUUGUGCUUACUGGUGCUGGAGUGUCUGUUUCUUGUGGAAUACCAGACUUUCGAUCCAGAGAUGGCAUUUAUGCAAGGCUGGCAAUAGAUUUCCCAGAUCUUCCAGACCCUCAAGCAAUGUUUGAUAUAGAGUACUUCAGAAGAGACCCAAGGCCCUUUUUCAAGUUUGCUAAGGAGAUCUAUCCUGGACAGUUCCAACCUUCGCCCUGUCACAAAUUCAUAUCCAUGCUGGGCAAGCAUGGGAAGCUACUACGCAACUACACCCAGAACAUUGACACUCUUGAACAAGUGGCUGGGGUUCAGAGGAUCAUCCAGUGUCAUGGGUCUUUUGCAACAGCUUCCUGUCUCGUCUGUAAACACAAGGUUGACUGUGAGGCUGUAAGGGAAGACAUUUUUAAUCAGGUUGUCCCUCACUGUCCACGGUGUCCAGAUAUUCCCCUGGCAAUCAUGAAGCCAGAUAUUGUCUUCUUUGGCGAGAAUCUUCCAGAACUGUUCCACAGAGCAAUGAAGCAGGAUAAGGAUGAAGUGGACCUCCUUAUCGUCAUUGGGUCCUCACUGAAAGUGCGACCUGUGGCUCUCAUCCCAACCUCCAUUCCUCAUGAAGUGCCUCAAGUCCUGAUUAAUCGAGAGCAGCUGCCUCACCUCAACUUUGACGUGGAGCUACUUGGGGACUGUGACGUCAUCGUUAACGAGCUCUGCCAUCGGUUGGGCGGAGACUUUGAGCAACUGUGCUACAACUCCUUAAGACUCAGUGAGAUCACAGAGAAACCCCCGCGGUCACAGACACCUGCAGAGCAGGCACCUUGUGAGGCCUUGUCUACUCACAGUAAACCAACAGAAGAAGAGCAGAAGACCCGUCACACAGACUCAUCGGUCGGUGCCUCAGAGGAGACGGACACUCAAACGGUCACAGACACUCCAGAAGGCGACAGAGUACCAACAGAACCUUGUCCGACCGCGCAGAAUGACACACAGACAUCUGAAGUCGAUGGCGUACCAUCAGUGCCCUGUCCAAAGGCAAAGAUUGUCUCAGACACGCGUGAAGUUGGAGUACCAUCAGAACCCUGUCCAAAGACUCAGAAUGUCACAGGCACCCUGGAAGUCAACAGAGUAGCGACAGAGCCCUGUCCGAAAGACACUCUUGAAUUUGAUGCAGUGCCAUUAGAGCCUAGUCCAAAAGUGCAGAUUGUCCCAGAGGCUCCAGAAGAGCCUUGUUCAAAGACUCAGUCCCCCAAUGAGGAGGGAAUGGAGAAUUCAGAUUCUCCAUCAGCGGACACGCAAAGGGAAGACCCAACUGGAUUAAAUGACCAACAUGUCAACCUUGAAGUUCGCCGACGAUGCUGGAUGAGUCGAAUCAGUCGAAGUCCUAUCAGCAAGCGCCUUGAGACUUCUCAAUACCUAUUCCAAGCACCAAAUCACUACAUCUUCCACGGGGCAGAAGUGUACUCCAACUCAGAGGACGAGACAUCCAGCUCCUGCGGGAGCAACAGUGAGGACUCCAGCCUGGAGGAGGAGGACGACGAGGAAGAAGAAGACAGCGAUGCUGAGGAGGACCAGAGCACACCCGCAGAGGAGGGCGAGGGCUGCCUCAUUGACAUAGUGACACACAAGCAAGCCUGCGAGGGCACUUCGAGUGUGAAGCAGAUGGAGAGUACAGACAAAAAUGUCCAGAACACCACAGACCUUUAGAAUAAACAAAGCACUUGCAGUCUUUUUUUUAAAAUAUUUGUUUUGUAUAUUUUUGUCCACCCACAGCACCUCUAUUAUACAUUUUUCAUAAAGUCUAGAUUGUGUUGAGACUGUUGCAUGCAUGUGCUGAAAAUUCAUUCUUCCUUCUCACUCUUCUGUCUGACCACAUUAACAAGCUGCAGGUGGUUUGUUUACACGUUUUGUGUACUACAAUUAAAUAAACAGCAGCUCAACUCAACCAAUCCACUUCAGAAGGUUAAUGGUGAAGAAAGGAACAGAAAAAAAAAAACAUAGACCAAAGAACAAUUCCCCCCCCCAUACUCGCAACAGUUUUUCCAUUAAAUCUUAAAAACCUUGUCUUUGACUUACCCACUAGCGGUUCUGGGGGAGGGGCAGUGCCCCUGUGACAACAAUUUUGGACCCCCUUGUGGCCCCCCUAAAUGUGGAGUAUGAAAUAAUUUUUACAUAACUAAUUUUUGCUAUCGUUCUUUUUUUUUUACAUCCAUUAUUAGACAGAAAAUGCAAAUAAAUUGUUGAAUGAUUAUGAACAUGGUCUUUUGCCUGCUAAUGCCUGCAAUGCAGUGAAGAAAAUGAUAUGACAACAAUAACGUCUAAUGUAACUGGCCCCUCUAACAGUACAACUGGCCCCAGCUUGCCCCCCCCCAGUUGAAAUGGUCUAGAACCGCCACUGCCACCACCUGAAGUGUAAAGAAUAUAUUGAGCGGUGGCAUUGUUUUCCUUACGAUAUUUGGCAGCUACUUUUUACAGUCAAGCUUUUAUUAUUUUUGUACUUUGUAACAUGUAAGAGACAUACUCAGCAAAGAGCAGGUGAUGGUUUUCUAAAUUAAAUUGAAAACGUUAUACGUUGUGCAAACAUAAAGCCUUAACCGUGUUCAAUGAGCUUUCAUUGGAGCAAAUGUCACUUUUUUUCUUCCUUUUCAGCAGUUUGACGCGUUUGUUCAUGUUUCCUCGGUUGUAUGAGCUAUUUGGUCGAUGUGACUGAUUUGCUCCUAUUCACUCUGUCCUGAGAAAUGUCCAGCCCUAACACUGAGACCCUGCAGAGCUAUACAAGUGUUCUGGGAUAAGGUUAAUAUGAGCCAAAUUUAGUCUUUUAAGCACCUAAUUUGAAUCAAAUUCAAAUAUUUGUUUUGUUUUGAGAUUGAUCUUGGUAGUAAAAAAGCUAAAAUGUUCAUUCACAGUAGGCCUUUUCCUUAUUUUCAUGAGAACACCACAGAAGUUGUCUAAUUAAUCACAAGGUGUGACAACACACUUGUGUAGAAAAUGGAUAUAGAUAUGAGAGUUGCAUGCUAUUUGACAUUUGAUGGCCAAGUUUAGUUUGAGAAGACCACUACAGGUAAGUGCAUGCAGUUCAGAUACUGCAGCAGCACCAUUGGAGCUGGUUUUACACAAAUGGAGGGACAACAUUUACAUGAAUGAACAAAGAUGAUUACAAUUACAUUUAAGAGUUCUUAUAAUCAGUAUGCUGAUGUGUGAGUCGGCUUUUGUUAUGCUCUGCAGUGUUUAUUUUUUACAAACGUUUAAAAACAUUUAUUUUUUAUGUUUUCUUUAAAUGUAUCUGCUAUAUUUAUAUUUGGUCUAAUAACACCAUACACCAACAAAUAGGCCAUAAUAUAGCACAUAGUCUCAUUUGAGGUUACCCCUUAUGUAAAUAUGACUGCCUGUAUUUAAUUGAUAAUGUAUACUGUGUUUACAGUAUAGCCCUAGGCCUAUGUUUUUAAAGUUCUUAUGCCUGCAAAAGUCACACAGAAAGAGUUGUGUUUUUGUCUAAAAUUACUAAUAAAUAUUCGGUCAAAAUGG